AUGUGGCCAUUCUCUUCGUCUUAUUCCACCGGAAACAUUUCGUUGUUCAAGCAAGCGCAGCGCGAUGAGAGGCUCUCGUCGGUCAGCAUGGCUGUGGCUACUUCCGUCAAUACCUCGGCCAUCUUGAGCGCAGGUGCGUCUGAAAUCGUGAAGCACAUCGAGAUUGGCGAAUGGACUGCGUCUCAGGUUCUGGAAGCAUACAUCCAGCGCGCGGCGUUCGCGCACCAAUCGACCAACUGCCUGACUGAAGUCAUGUUCGCCGAUGCCCGUGAGGAAGCUCGGGCGCUUGACAACGAAUUUGAGAUCACGAAGACAGUCAAAGGUCCCUUGCAUGGCGUCCCAAUCAGCUUCAAAGACACCUUCGAUGUGAAGGGUUAUGAUUCCACGAUUGGAUUCGGUGAGCUCGCGAAUAACCCACGGACGGCGGAUGCAGAGCUCGUGAGCCUUGCCCGUGCAGCAGGUGGAAUCCCCUUCGUCAAGACGAACGUUUGCCAGACAAUGAUGACCUUCGAGUGCGCUAACCCCAUCUGGGGUGUUACGGUCCAUCCGCAAAACAAGCGCUACACGAGCGGUGGCAGCUCCGGAGGCGAAGCUGCACUCAUUGCCAUGGGCGGAAGUCCGCUCGGAUUUGGGAACGACAUUGGCGGUUCACUGCGGAUUCCUGCAGCAUAUUGUGGGAUAUACUCGUUGAGACCCGGUACAUGGAGGAUAAGCGGGGUGGGCAUGACAUCCGCACUAGAAGGGUUCGAAGGAAUACCGACAGUUAUGGGUCCCGUGUGCCGUUCAGUGGAUGAUGUCGAGCUCGCAUGUCGCGUCGUCUUCGGGAAGGGCAGCAACCGUGAGGUCUCUCCCAUGCCGUUCCGUGACGUACAAAUUCCUGCAAAGCUACGUUUUGGGUACUACAUCUCAGAUGGUUUCAUUAAGGCAUCCCCAGCAUGCCAGAGAGCAGUAAGAGAGACUGUAGAAGCAUUAAUGCAUCAGGGGCACGAAUGUAUUCCAAUUGUGGUCCCCGAGCCGUUGACACAUGUGGAACUCUUCGCUGGCUUAACCUCUGCUGACGGGUACAAGACGCUGCUUGCAGGGGUCGGACGUGAUCCAACGGACCCCGGGCUCUUUCUCACAACAUUAGGACCCAGACUUUUUGGAUGGUUCCGCUCGCUCGCCGUGUGGAUCAUCAGUACGUUCUUCGGAGACGACAUCUUCGCCCGCUGUAUGCGGAUGUCCCGGACAAGAUCCGUGGCUGAAUAUUGGCAACUGGUCGCGAAAAGGGAUGUGUAUAAACAGCUGUUCUACGACGAAGUAUGGGAGAAACAUCAGCUUGACGGUAUCAUCGCGCCAGUGCAAGCGCUACCCCAAGCGCAGCACGGCACCUGUGCGAAAGCCUCGGUCCUUGCCGCUGGGACGUUCCUCUACAACCUCCUCAACCUCCCCGUGGGCGUCGUACCCGUAUCGCGCGUGGACCCCAAGCGGGACCAGGUGACGGAGGAAUGGUCCAACCCACGCAUCGGCGAGGGACACGGGUCGCCACUGUUUGAGAGAUUGUUGUAUGGAAGGGGCGGACUGUAUGACCCGGUCGACAUGGCAGGCAUGCCCACCGCGGUGCAGGUGAUCGGGCGACAGUGGGAGGACGAAAAGGUGGUGGGGAUGAUGAGGGUCGUUGACAGGGCACUGGGCCCGCGUUGGCUGCUGCAUUCUGAAGUAAAGGACAGCGUGAACCUUCGAGAUUCUCGUUGA